CAGUGAUCUUAGCCAAAGAAAAUCCAUCACUCAUGAAUAAAUAUUCCUUCGGCAUUCUUCACGGUUCAGAAAACAAUCCAGGACUUAUGCAACAGUGACUCACAUAUAGUUUUCCGGCAUUAUGCGACGUUACAAAGAAUUGGGAAGGUUUUGAAGAGAUAUCCAAGAAGUUGGACAACAUGAAAGAUCAAUUCUGGGCCAUUGCUUACGACAGUGCAUCCCGAAAGAGAGAUGGGUACAGAGUACUAAAUCACGGUGAUUUCUGGAUUAAUAACAUUCUCUUCAAGUACGACGAGAUUGGAAAACCAAUUGACACAAUCUUUGUUGACCUUCAGAUGACGUACUACACAUCGCCAGCACAUGACUUGCAAUAUUUCAUAAAUACCAGUCCACAAACGAUUGUGCGGGAAAACCAACGCGAAGAUCUGCUUCAGGUUUAUUACCAGUCUUUCGCAAAGACACUAAAAGACCUGAAUCACAAUACAAUUCCCACUUUUGACGAUCUCUUGGAAGAAAUCAGAAAGAGGGAGAUGUUUGGCUUUAUGACGGCAGUUUUUGUCCUCCCAAUCGUUCUGAUGGAAGAACAAUCAUCCGAAGGAAGUGGAAUUGAUGGAUUAGUCGAUCCACAAGUUGCUCAAGACAUGACUCGGAUCAUGUUCUCAGGAAAACGCUACACCGAAGCCAUGAAAUGCAUUUUGCGACGAUGUGAUCAAUUGAAACUGUUCGAUUUGUUGUGAUUGAGGAAGUUACAAAGCAAUACAAUGCGGAAGGAAGGUCAGUAAAUACCUCAAAACCAGCUGAUCGAGUUAACAAUAUUCUCACAUACUAAACAAGAGACGAAUAUUACAUAGAAACAGUAAUAGGUAUAUAAUGUAAAAAGCCUUGCUGAGGUAAUAAAAAGAACCUACAAGAAACGUAUAAAUCAAAAUAGCUUUUUAUGUGUCGGAGUGACCAAAUAUUACAAUGAACUUGAUAAACAAACCACUAACAACUGUGUAAAAAAUUCAAGUUGUGUAUAGUUGCGCACACAAAUAUUGUAAUACUAUUUGAUUAUUGUCAUGUCAAUAAGCAAUAAUCGUAAGGGAUAAAUUAUCAAAAUUUUAUAUUUUAUUUUACUUUUAGAUAUAAGAUCUUAGUCGGUAGAACUUUGUAGAUUGUAUCAGUAAUUGUUCCAUAGAUCAUAGUUUUUAUAGAUAAUCUAGGAAAAUUACUUAUUAAUUAGAAUAAAAUAGUAAAAUUAUCGUAAUUAAAAAAACAAGAUAUACAA